AUGAAAGAAUUUCAUCCUUUUUAUAUUGCAAAAUAUCCAGAUGAUUCAAUUUAUGUUUAUAACCUAGGAAUAGCAGACAAUAUUCUUGUUUCUGCUGCUUCAGACAAUACACUUCGUUUAUGGGAUCGAGAAACACUUAAAACAUAUAAAGUGAUUCAUGAAGUUCAUGAUCAUAUUUCGGAUAUGAAAAUAUCAGGAAAUCAUUCUAUCUUGACAUGCGGAGAAGAGGGCACAGCAAAAAUAUGGGAUACUCGAACUUUAGCUCUUUGUGGACAAUUUAAACCUGGUUUUAAAAUUAAUAUUUAUAAACUAUCAUUGAAUGUUUUAGCAAAAAAAAUGCCACUUCUAUGUAUUUCUGAAAACAUUGAAAAAACAAUGAUUGCUGCAGGAAGUGCGUUAUUAGGUUCAGAUGCUUAUCUUUUUUUGUGGGAUCAACGGAAACAAUCGCUUCUUUUUUCAUAUAAAGAAUCUCAAAAUGACGAUAUUACAGACGUACGAUUUGAUUCAAUCCAGUCUCAUCGUUUGUGUGCUGGUGGAUGUGAUGGUUUAAUCAAUAUUUUUGAUACACGAUUUUCCAUCGAAGAUGACGCCAUUAUAAACGUCUUUAACAAUCAAUCUUCUAUACAUAGAGCAGAUUUUCUUGGCCCAAAUAAAGUUUUAGGCUUAAGUCAUAUGGAAACACUUUCCCUCUAUAAUAUAAAUGACAUUUCAAGAAAUAAUACAGAUAAUAUAAUAGAUUCUACAUAUAUUUCAUUAGGAGACUUACGAUCUAAACUCAAUUGCAAUUACGUCAUUGAUAUAAUACUAAAUAUUACAAAAAAUACUGCUUAUAUUUGUUGUGGUAGUCAUACUGGAAAAAUUCGUCUAUUCGAAUUUCAUCAAGAUGCGACUAUUAAUAAAGACGAACAAAUACUUUUACAAGGUCAUGAUGAUUCUAUUGCUCGAUCUCUUGUUUUCGAUCAACAGAUGCAAAUAAUUUAUACUGGUUCUGAAAAUGGUGAAAUACGCGCAAAUCGAUAUGAAACACUUCAACAAACACCACCAACGAAAAAGAUAAAACUAUAUGAUUGA